AUGAGUGAUCCUAGCCCCAAGGUUAUUCAGAUUCGCUCAGCCGCCAAAACAAUCCAGCUAGUACCAUAUUGGCCCGAUAAUGCUGAAACGUGGUUUCAGAUUGCUGAGUCUGAUUUUUGUGAACAUGGCAUAACUGAUCAACGUUCACAGUUCCUUGCAGUUAUUCACGCUCUACCGCGGGAAUUCAGCAGGUGCGUAACUCUGCAGAUGUCGGUAAGUAACUCGUACGAGUUGCUCAAAGAAUCCAUCCUCAAGAGAAACGUUCUCACAGAUCGACAACGUCUGGAUGAGUUAUUUCGUAACAUCGAGUUAGGAGAUCAGUCAGCCGUGAGCAUGCUGGCAAGAAUGAAAGAGAUCAUUGGCCAAAGUCAGUUCGAUGAAGGACUGUUUAGAGAACUAUUUUUAUCCAAACUGCCACAGUCAGUUCAGACUGUACUUGUGACACUUCACGGUGUUCUCAUAGAUGAUUUAGCUGUCUCUGCAGAUAGAAUUCUAGAGAUAACGAAACGGCCAGUUACCGAAGUAUACUCUGUUACCGAACAGACUUCGAAGAAGGAUUCUGCAAUGAUAGAGUUAAUCAACUCCGUCCAGCAGAUGUUUAGGUCAAACAAGCCUAGCAAUUCCUCCUAUCGUCGUUCUAAAUCCCCUCAACGGCAAAGCGCACGUGGACGAUCUAAGUCCAACACACGCUCUCUCAAAAAUCCUGACUGGUGUUGGUAUCACAACACCUAUGGCAAGGAAGCGAAAUGUUGUCGAAAACCUUGUGAUUUCGGCAAAACCUCCAAGUCUGUGGGAAACUAUCCCGCCGGCACGCGUUAG